UCCAAAAUAUUUUGAGAAAUUUGAAUGAGAGUUUGAUACUUGAAACUUCUAUUUUCUAAAUAAAUACAAAUUGAAAUUAGUAAUUUUGUACCUAAUUACUAAUUUAUUACCUCUUAAAUAGAUGUGUAUUACGAGUAAAUAAAAGGCACACAUUUCAUACAGUAUUCAAAUCUUACUUUUGUUAACAACAAACAAAAUAUAUUAUUGAAAAAAAAAUGGUUAUUAAUUCAAUUACAAUAGAAGAUAUAUUGCCGCAUAAUUGUAGUAAAUUCAUGAAGAAAAUACCGGAAAAAGAUGCUCUUUUGCCAUUUAUAUUAUUACCAAUUUUAUUAGUUAUAGCAACAAUAUCACUUUCAGUUACAGUCAUUGUUAUGAUUUUAAUAGGGAUGGGUGCUUUAUAUGUACAGUCCAGACCACGACAAAAGAACAGAUCACCAUUUUUCUAUUGUUGGACAUUAUCAUCAGUCAUCUGUUUGUUUCUUGUAUUUGAAAUUGGAAUAGUAAGAACAUUAAAGGUCACUCAAAAGGAACAUUUUAUAUUCCUGUUACUGUUUGGAUGUACAUAUUAUUUCUUUUACAAGAUGAAGGCUGUAGCUGACAUUGAGUUAUUUGAGGGUCCUAAAGGGAAAUUAUACAGUCCAGUAUUAACAUCAGAUUCAUAUCAUUGUCCGGUGUGUCAGUUGGAAGUGAAUGAACGAUACUUUCAUUCCAUUUGGUGGGAUUGUUGUGUUUUCAGACCAAAUUACAUGUACUUCCUAUUUGGCCAAGUCUUUGCACUGAUGACACUUGUAUUUGGCACAAACCUGGGCUUGACAACUGUCUGCAAACCAUUCGAAUUUUAUGGGCCUAUUUUACUGCCAAUGGACUGUAGUGAUAUGUACUUUAAAUUUAGAUACACUUUCUACUUUGUGUCAUGUGUCUAUGGAAUUGGAUACAUCAUUGUCAUAAUGUUGGUUUUGAUAAAGCAAUUGUUUAUUUACCUACCAAAAUAUGCUGAACCGAAAUGGAAACGUUUGAUGAACAUAACGGUAUGAAAAGAGUGUGUAUAGGAACUACUCUUGAAGGAUACUUUAUAACGAAUUACUAUUAUACGAAGUACGAGGUGCACAUCGGUACCUAAGCAUUGUCGUUAUUUAUCAAAUGUUGCCUUACAUUACGCGCUAAACGUUCUUAUUAAAGAUAAAAGUGAGUUUGUGUCGUGCGAUGGAAUAAAAAAAUGGAGGACUGUCCUACGUAAAGAUAUUUUUUUAAUCCCAAAAAGAUCAUUUUGAAAUAAAUUAUUUGCUUUUUCCGUUUUUACAUCAAUAAUCGUAUUUGAUAUAAAAAAUAAUUGAAUCACCAUCUUAUGAAGAAAGCGUUAAUUAUUUUAAUUAAUUAAAAUGCCACACUGAAUGGCGAAUAAUCCGGGCCACUCGUUACAGCUGCAGAAAGUGAAUUUCACGAUGGAAACUCAUUGGGAUUAAUCAAUUUUAAGUAAUUUAAGUACUUUUACAAUUACAAUUUUUUUUUUGUAAUCGUUAACUAUUGAUGAAAAACACGAAGGAUUUUUUAUACUUUUAAAUACAUAAUAGGUAUAUUUAAUUGUAAUGAGGGGCUGCAUGCUCAGAUGACCAGAUUUAAUAACCUUUCCCAAAUUUUGUUUACCCCUCGUGUUAAUCAUUUUCAAACAGUAUUUAGAUUUUAUUAUAUUUUGCCAACAAACUGUAAUGUAUAUUAAAAAAAAUGUGUAAAAGUUUUAUUGUAAUUCUUUAAAUAUAAAAUUUAUAUGCAUGAUAAAA